UAACUCUAUAUUAUCAUAGUAUCAGAAAGUUGGCUCUGCAUAGUUGGAAAUUUACAGAAAACUUCUCCCCAGAGCCGUUAGAACAGAGAGAAAAGAAAAACAGUCUGUGCGUAAAGUUGGAGCUAUUUUACGCACGGCCGAAUUUUGCGGACGCGUCUGAUGCAAGAAAGAGUAAAAGCUCGUUUUUUGUUCAUUUGUAAAAUCUGAGAAGUUCGAAUUCUUUGACAGCCAUGGCAAAAUGGUUCAGAGAUUUCCCCAUCAACCUAAAAACCGGAAACGAAAGGAUCCGCUCGGCCUCCGAGUCCAGUCCACAAACUCGACCCAAGCCCGGCUUUUCUCGGGACAGCUUGAAAGGAAACCAGCGCAAAGAUGGAGGCGUGGGGGGCUUGUUAGCGGGGAGAAACAGGAAAAACUCAGCAUCGGAGCUGGGUCGGAACAACGCUGGGUACGGUGGGACUGUCUGGGACAGUCUCACAACUGGAAAAGGUCGCAAGAACUCCAAGAAUGAGACUGGGGGGUCAGAUGAAAACCGCCAGGUAAAGACCUCUAGUCUGGCUCAAGCUUACAUCAGUAGGAUGAUUAAAGUGGACAAACAGGACAAGAGCCCCAAGCUGGACGGGAUAACUGAGCAGAAGGUGUCCGACACCGAGAAGGGGAAGCCAGACAUGAAAACCACGCUGAUCAUCCUGGAGGACUACGCGGAUCCCUUCGAUGCAGAGAAGACCAAGGAGCAGAGAGAAGCUGAGAGAGCAGGGGUGAACGAUGGUUACAUGGAGCCUUACGAUGCCCAGGUCAUCAUCACAGAGGUCCGAAGGCGAGGCUCCAAAGAUCUCCUGAAAGUGUGUGUUCUGCUGGACCGAGGUCACAAAGAAGAGAAAGGAGAGGAGGGGACACCUUCGCCCCCGAACAUCUACGACACACCCUACGAGGGCGGGCUGGAGGGUGACGGCGAGGGCGUGUGGAUCCCUGUCACGCGACCGGAGUCCGACGUCCGUCCGGCUGGGGAAUACGAAUUGCCCUGGGAGUGGAGAAAGGAGGACAUUGUCAGAGCAUUGUCAGCUCAGUUUGAGGCGGUGGAUUGUUCUCACAGCAAGGAGAACAUUUCCACCGCUGGUCGUCAGCAGCAGCAGCAAACCCUGAGGCAGAGGAACUGGAGCCAUAAAUCUCUUGUCUCAACUUCUCCGUCCACUUCCUCUUCCUCCUCAUUCCCAUCCUCUCCCAUUCUCAAACUUUCCCCUCUCACGUUGCCGUCUUCUUCUUCUUACCCCACUCUCAAACUCCCACCCCCCUCUCCCUCAUCCAGCCCUACUAAACCGUCCCCUCCGUCUCCCACCUCCCUCUGUGCUCCGCUGGAUGGGGAGGUUGCCAAAAUGGACUCCAGCCUGCCGCUGGAGAAGCAGAGCUGGUACCAUGGCAGUGUGAGUCGGCAGCAGGCUGAGGCUCAGCUGCAGCGCUGCAGGGAAGCCAGCUUCUUGGUGAGAGACAGUGAAUCAGGAACCAGCAAAUACUCCAUCGCUCUGAAGACCAGUCAAAGCUGCGUGCACAUCAUUGUGGCCCAGACUAAAGGCAACAAGGGCCUGGGCUACACGCUGGAUCAGAGCAGUUGCGUCUUCUCCAGCAUCCCUGAGCUGGUUUAUCACUACUGCAGUCACAGGCUGCCGUUCACCGGAGCAGAGCACAUGACCCUGCAGCAUCCUGUGCCAAGACCACAUUAAACACACACACACACACACACACACACACACACACACACACACACACACACACACACACACACACACACACACACACACACACACACAUCCUUACUCAUGAACACACACACACACACAUGUCCUUGCACAUGAACACACACACACACACACACACACACACACACACACACACACACACACACACACACACACACACACACACACACACACACACACACACACACACACACACACACACACACACACAUGUCCUUGCACAUGAACACACACACACACACACACACACACACACACACACACACACACACACACACACACACACACACACACACACACACACACACACACGUGUCCUUGCACAUGAACACACGUACGUGCACUUACACACGCAUGUGCACACACACACACACACAUCCUUGCUCAUGAACACACACACACGUGUCCUUGCACAUGAACACACGCACGUGCACUUACACACGCAUGUGCACACACACACACGUCCUUGCACAUGAACACACACACACGCACGUGCACUUACACAUGCACGUACACACACACAUGUGUCCUUUCACAUGAACACACGCAUGUGCACACACACACACGCACAUGCAAAAACACACACACACACACACGUCCUUGCACAUGAACACAUACACACGCAUGUGCACUUACACACACACACACACACACACACACACACACACACACACACACACACACACACACACACACACACACACACACACACACACACACACACACACACACACACACACACGUGUCCUUGCACAUGAACACACACACACGUGCACACACACACACACACACACACACGUGUCCUUGCACAUGAACACACACACACACACACACACACACACACACACACACACACACACACACACACACACACACACACACACACACACACACACACACACACACACACACACACACACACACACACACACACACACACACACCUGGGACCAGGUGAGGUCUGCUGCUUUUCAGCACUACUUUAACAGGGUUGUGUUGCUUCCUUACACCACCUAGUGGUUAAGAUCAGACGUGAGAACUGUACUGUAGCAAGCGUGGACAUUUCUGGGGUUAAUAGUGACAUGAAAAUUAUACAAUACCAGAAGAUGAAGUUCAUAAAAAAAAUCAUGAAAUUCACGAAGAAUCAUUUCACUCCAGACACUCACAGCAGCUCACAUGCAUUAACUGGAACAAAACUAGUACUGACGUCAUUUUUAAUCAUCUCUGUACAAAAUAUUCACCAGAGAGAAAACCCAGCAGCACACCUGAGCAGAGUAUGGGCCCAUCCAACCUUUCAGCCAGCUCACUGAUCAACCUGGAAGUCACAAACAGGUUUUGGUUAGGUCAGGUGAGCCUCGAGGGGCAGUGUCCAGCACGUUUUAGUUUAAACCUGCUUCAACACACCUGAUUUCAAUCAGCAGGUGAUUAACAGGCUUCUGCAGAGCCUGAUGAGCUACUGCACAGGUGAUUUAACCACUGAAUCAAGUGUGCUGGAGCAGAGAAACCACUAUAACUUGCUGGAUCCGGCCCUCAAGGCCCAGAGUUAAACAGCCCUUGGUGAGGGGUUUAAAGGAAGUGUAGAUUGUGAGAGAAGUCUCUGUAGACAGGAAACGUGGAGAGAAAUGUGUAAAGUAAUCUUUUUUUUCACUGUAAUUAAAAACUGAAGCUGCUCUUAAACGGGCCCUGGGGUUCUAAACACAAAACAGGACUCACACGUUGAUGCAUGAGUUGUUAUUUUACCUACAGGGGUGUUUCUAGGGGUCUAGGGUGGGUCUAGAGUGUGAACCCCACUGUGAUCCCCCACCCCCCCACCCCUGCUGAGCGUAGAGCCUAGAAAGAAAUCAUUUAGAUGUUUUUGUGUGAUUAUUAAGCCUAAAGCAAGACGUGGAACCAGAGAGAUGCUGAGGCAAAUGCAUUCUUGUUGUCAUAGUGGGUAAAAAACGAUAACACACACACACACACACACACACACACACACACACACACACACACACACACACACACACACACACACACACACACACACACACACACACACACACACACACAGUUAUUCUUCUCCAUGAAUUUUCUCUUCUUUGUAUUUUAUUCUCUGCUGUUUAAAUGUCGUUUCCCACGUUUUGAGCAGUGCUGGUUUUCCUCUUCAGGGCUCACUGUUGGAAAUCUUUUUGUAUUCUGUUUAUAAAUAAGUGUACUUAUAGGGGUUGGAUGUUUAGUUUGCGUUUGAAACAAGAUCCAAAAAUGGUUCUGUAUUAUAGUGUUGUAAAGCAUUUAUUCAGUAAAUAAAGUACAUUUUAUUUUGACGGGUGAA